CCCUUCCUCCCCUCCCGCCGCCGUGACUUCCGUCGGCCGCUCUAGCCAGCGCCGCGUCUAUGCCCGCGGCGCUGGGGGAUGUUUAUUGUCGCGGGGAGUGGGCCCAGGAGCCGGAACGCCGCCGGGCGCCAGCGGCGGGGCGCCUAGCAACGGCACCGCGCUCCCCCCGGCCACGCCGCCGCCCGACCGAUCCUCCGCCCGCACGGUACAUGUAGGGCUUUAAGUGAGGUUCCCGGCGGUGUGGGUAGGAGGAGUGCUGCUGUUUCCUCAAGCGAGACACGCAAAUGGUAAACGUUUGACUGGGAAGAGGAUGAGAGGCUCACCCCUGUUAAAAUAUUUGGAUGUGAUCUUCAUGGUGAGCUGGUGGGAGAACUGAGUUGUAAAUCACCCCAAUGGAUGCGGACAGUGAUGUUGCAUUGGACAUUUUAAUCACAAAUGUAGUGUGUGUUUUUAGAACAAGAUGUCAUUUAAACUUGAGGAAGAUUGCAUUAGAGGGAGCAAACGUGAUAUACAAGCGUGAUGUUGGGAAAGUAUUAAUGAAGCUUAGGAAACCUAGGAUUACGGCCACAAUUUGGUCCUCAGGAAAAGUUAUUUGCACGGGAGCCACAAGUGAAGAAGAAGCUAAAUUUGGUGCCAGACGAUUAGCUCGUAGUCUACAGAAACUAGGUUUUCAGGUAAUUUUCACAGAUUUUAAAGUUGUGAAUGUUUUAGCAGUGUGCAACAUGCCCUUUGAGAUCAGAUUGCCAGAAUUUACGAAGAAUAACAGACCUCAUGCGAGUUAUGAACCAGAACUUCAUCCUGCCGUGUGUUACAGAAUAAAAACUCUCAGAGCUACCUUACAGAUUUUUUCCACCGGCAGUAUCACAGUUACAGGGCCAAACGUAAAGGCUGUUGCCAGUGCCGUGGAACAGAUUUACCCAUUCGUGUUUGAAAGCAGGAAGUAAAUUUUAUAAUUCACCACUUCAUGGUUAGGUUCCCUAACCAAGCACCUUUAAAGACUGCUGCACAUUGGACUAAAAGCAAAAAGAAAACUGGACCAACCAUAGCAGAGGAAUACAGACUCUUUUACUUGCUCAUGGCCACAGUAUAAACUCCAGUUCUUUUGGAUUUUACUCUUAACAGUGCUGUAUUGUAAAAACGGAAGUUUACAAGAUAUGAAAUUGCUGCUUUUAAAAAGACAUUCUAUUUAUUUUUGCAGUAAUUUCUGUGUAUUCAUAAGCAAAGCUGUCACGAUGUGCACUACCUUUAGAACAUUUUUUUUUAGUUUGAGCUUGUGUUUUAUUUGUGAAUAGUCUUUUACAUUUUUGUAUGCUGAAUAUUGGGCACCAAAGAAGAUGUAAAAGUUAUCUUUUUCACCUGAUGAAUGUGCACAAAUAAAAAUUUGGAAAAUAUUUCUCUUCAUACCUGUUCUGUUAUAUUCCUUUCCCUUUUUCUAAUACAGUUAAAAUUGUAUAGUUGCAAAUUAAUUUGAAACAAUGUAAGAAUAGUCUUUUGCUGAUACCUUCUGUUUCUAUUUGUAGUAUGUGUAAAACUUUGUGUGUGGGUUAGAUUGAAAUCUAUAGUAGUUACGUAUGUUUAUCUGAGGAUGAAAUUUGGUUUAUUCCAAGUUCUCUUAACUACAUGCCAGAUUUCAAGUAUUUUCUUGCUGUUACAUGAAGAGAAGACAUUUCUAAAUGUAAAGGUCUACAGCAAGUGUUUUCCUAUAGAUGAUGAGGAAAUCUUAUCAACUAAAGAAGCUACUAUAGAAAAACCAACUGCUUUGCCCACCUACUGGAUGCAAAAGGAAGAAAGUUACUAUGUGAGCUUCGUUUUUGAGAAAAGUGAUGUGAUGAUGUGAUGACCUUCAACUUGAGAAGAUGGUGUGGUCAUGCUAAUCCAGCCCUAGCAUAUUGAUGAAUGAUUAACACAGACCUUUUCCACCUUCUUCUCACUGUAUAAUAUUUUCAUGACAGGAGCUGCCAACAAGCAAAGAAGCUUGAUUCUGGCAUGUAUUAUUAUUGGUAUUAAUCUUGGACUUGGAAGCCAGUAGGUGUUUCUCUCAGUAAGUGCACAUUUGAAGCAGAAGAGAGGUGAAUGCUUAAAAGUAACUGCAAAUGCUACUUUUAAAAAGAUACAAUAAAUAUGUAUAAAUAUA